AUGGACACAAAUUCUAAAACCAAAGUACAAACUGAAAAUAAAAAAAUUAAGGCGAAAUUUAUACAUAAUCAUGGGCAAAAGCCCUCUCUUAUCCAAAUUACACCUCCAAUGAUUUCCAGCACUCUGUUUCACGCAUAUCCACUACUACUAAUAUUCGACAAUGCCUUAGCGAAUAUAAUGUGGCUGUCCGACGAUAAAUGUUUAACAUUCAUUUAUCUAACGAGCAUAUGGCUGACCAUAAGUUUUUUUAUCCCCGUUGAAACAGAGGCUAGCCAUUUUCUGCCAUUUACAAAGAUUUUGAGACUAUGGUUAGGCAUUAUAAGCGGGGCAUUUCUAUUCUUAUCAUUCAUGUAUUAUAUUGUUUCAUUGAUAGCUUCGUUAAGAGACACGGAACCUCCUACAUUGGAUGAAAUUGUCGUGCUACUAGAGUCUGUGUUGGAUAAACUGGAAGUACUGAGAAACGAGCUGAAUGUUUGGAAAAAAUUAAAGCUUUCAUUUGAUGGCGUCAAUAAGGAGUGUUCUGGCAAGAGGUUGUUUUGCAGAUUAUUCUUAUUCGGUACAAUUUUUCAAAUUAUUAUCAUGAGAUACAUAUCACCGGGAACUUAUACUAGAUUUUUUAUUAUUACCGGCUUGAUAUACAAUACGAGUAGUUUUCAAGCUACCUUAAGGCUACUUUGGAGGUUUACUGCUGUUAGGAAUUUCUAUUAUUUGGGGAUUGAAAGUUUUAAAAUUUCGAGUUUCUUACCAAAACACUUAAAGAUGGAACAAAUUAUUCCUUUAUCUCAAGGACGUGCAAUCACGGUGCCACUGGUAGAGGUAUUGCCUAAACUACUUCGGGACAAGAAGGGUGAUGACCACAUUCAUAUUCUACAGCUUCUACUUAAUGAGCAAAAAGAUAACUUUGGUAAUGAAGACCUUAAAAUACUAGAAAUUGAAGUAUACGAAAAUCAAAGAAGGUGGUAUCAAAAUAAAAAUUGGAGUACAAAAUUACUGCCGUACGAAAGACAAAACUACUGCAUAGAAAUUAAAAACACUGAUGGAACUUUAACCAUGAGGAGUUGUUUGCCCCCAGAUGGACUUGGUGAAGAAGAAUUACCCAAUAAUUGGCAUUGGAUCAAUGAUAAUUGGGACGGAACUGAUUGGAUAUAUUCAGAUUCAGCAUGGAAAGAAAUUGGACAAUACAGUUCUUUGGAAAGUUUUACCAGGUCAAGAAAAUGGAAACGACGCCUCUUCCAUUUGUAA